GAUGGAAAUGGGCCACACGACUUACGGUCCGAGCUAUCUACGUGCAUGAACUGGCUGGCAGUCAGUCGAUCGAUUACGAUUUCCGGAUGGAGCUAUGGGGUUUCGGAAUGGCAUGGCAUGGCAUACUUCCUCUGCGUUAUGGCAUGGUGUCUGUCUGUUUUUCUGUUUUCAUGGAAGAGGAUGCAUUUGCGUCUGCGUCCGGGUUCCGCGCGCGCCUGCAUGCAUACAUGGCGUUUUCACGGCAGGGCAGGCGCUUCCUUCCCGCGCCCGUAAGGAUUCCCUUUGUGCUUUCAAUUUCCUUUGUUUUCUGCUGUGUACUGUAUGCUGCGCACGCGCUCAUGUCUGGUUUUCUCUGUUUUUCCCGGUAUCGAUAUCGACAUCUUAAAGCAUGGGUGUAUGGCAACUGAUACUGAGGCAGAGCCGCUAUGGAUGCCGGGAAGAAUAUGAGUAGACUCGUAAUACUCCAGACUAUUCUUAUUGAAACAAAACUUCC